GCAUUCAUUCGUGUACAUGCUUCGCUAUCUGUUUAUCUCAUUGGAUACACCUGCAAAGUAUCAUUACUUGGUGGACUUUACCUCUCAUUACAGAGCACGUCAGUUUGAACACAUUCUUGUAUACAUCAAUUGAAAUUAGAAAUUUCAGAAAAAGACAGAUGGGCGGCAUUGUAAGCUCUAUGAACGACCUUGACACUCUGCCAAAGAGGCUCCAGUACCUGUCCGAGGAGGACCCCAACAAGGAGCUCUACGUUUUCUACAACCGCAGUGUUCGCGAUUCCUACACCUCCAGAGAACUGUUCAUCUUGGCUGGGAGGUUCGCCCACAGACUACGUCAGCAAGGGUUUCAAAAAGGGGACGUCAUCGCCAACACGCUGCCAAACUCCCCGGAGCGCCUCAUUACAGACGUCGGCAUCAUCAUGGCCGGAUGUGUAGCUAUGAAUGGACAGGCUGUAUUAGCAGACGGUUCAGACUUUUUCCAGUCUGCCAAGGUCAGCAGAUGUGGCGCGGUCAUCAUGGCCGAUGAGGGAUCUGGGUGGCAACUCCUUCAUAAGUUUCUGAAGAAUGAGAAGAACGAUGAAAUGUUGUCUCCCCUGUCUGUCAAAGAAGCUCCAGAAUUGAAGUGGGCCAUAAUUAUUUCCAGACGGAAUCAAAAUUUGCUCCAAGACCUGAAGACAAAAUCUCAGGAAAUGUUUGUCUGCCCCUUGGACACUGAGGACGUCGUGGUGGUGUUGACCACCUCGGGGUCCACCGGCUACAGCAAACUCGUUCCUCGGACACAUCGAGAGAUCAUCGUCGUGAGCGUGUGCCGAUCAGCAAUGAUCUCACCAGACGUGGAGUGGGCAGAGUCCAGAGAGAAGCAGUUUCUCUUCUACAGUGACAGGAUGAUGGGCUGGACUGCCGACCAUUCCUUCUACACCCUUUGCCAGGCAGAAACCAGGGUGAUGCUAGAUCUGUUCUCGAAACCUCCAGGUAGAGACAUCUACGUAGAGAUGUGGGAAGCUUUGGAAGCUGAACGCUGCAAGAUGUGUACACUGCUGCUACCGGAGUUGGAGCACUUAAUGGAAAGUCUGAGAAUGCCCAGUGGUCCCAAGAACAAGCUGAAGCUGAUCAUCACAGGAGCUCAGCCUUACAGAAAGAGUCAACUGAAGAAGUUUUUCAAUUUCUCUGACAAUGUUUACGUUGUCUAUGGAAGUACGGAAGUGUGUUAUAUGUCAGGAAAAUACGCCAAAGAGGAGAGUUACACGUCCAAUAACUGUGGCCAUGCUGUGAACGGAAUGAUUCUCAAAGUCUGUCGUGACAAUGGAGAGCAGUGUCAGGCUAAUGAGACCGGAACAAUAUUCGCUAAAGGCCAAUACGUAUUUCGAGGUUACUUCAAUCUACUAGAAAAACCCACUCAGGACUCUGCCGUUUUCACCCCAGGCGGCUGGUUUAACACCGAAGAUUACGGAUUCUUCAACGAUGAAGGCGACCUGCACGUUUUUGGCCGGCUCAAAGACGUCAUCAUGUAUGGGCCGACCGUCUUCUACCCUGGGUGGAUGGAGAAGAGACUGGCCGAGCACCCCGAUAUAGUGGACGCCUUCAUAGUUCCAGUAACCGAUCCCGUCUUAUAUCAAAACAUAUGCGCUCAUGUCCGAGUGAAGAAAGACAGCCAUUUAAGCCAAGAUGAGCUGAGAGACUACUGCGAUGCCAUCUUCUUAUCAGAGGCGUCUCCAGGGUUGAUAACAAAGCCGAAAUAUUUCAUUAUCACGAAGGAGGACUUCCCAACGACACUCACCGGUAAAACUGACAAGCAGUUCUUGAAAAGAAAAGCCGAAGAAUUGUUUGGAUGUGGUGCAAAAUUGUAAAAAAAAAAAAAGUCAAGGUCAACAGUUCCAAUAACUAUUUGUAUAGUUUUACACGUUUUGCAUAUUUAUUCAUUUUUAACAUCGAAAAAAUUUUUUUUUUAUAAACUGACAACUUCCAACAAAAAUGUCAUUUUCGUCCCAUCAUAAAAGAGCAUUAAAUUUACCAAUAUAUUUUGGUCUUUUCUUUUUAUUAUAAAAGGAUAUAUCAGUAAAAAUAACUUGCAUUGUAAUUAGUUGAUAGAUGUUUUUUUUAUAUUUAACUCUCACGCUUGACAAGAAAAAAAAAAUAUAAAUGUUAUUCCAAAAGGCAGAGUAACAAGUUCGCACCCCCCCCCCCCCCCGAAAAAGAAAAGAACCUCUACGUUCUAGAACCUAGAUGACCAGCGAACGUUUAAGAAUGGUCCAUUACCUGUUGUUUCGUAAAUACAUUCAAGCGACUUGCUGGAAAAAUAAUUGAAAGACAGGGUCAAACAAUUGUGAUUCUUCCUUUUUACAAAACUCAUGUCAACUCACUCUGUCUAGUACAAAUCUUGUACACGUUAUUUCUACCAUUUCCCAUUGUUGGAUCAAAUUAAAACUUCCCAAAACUAUUCAUUGUUCAUAACAAAUAAUUAAUCAUUUUUUAUCAACCAAUCAAUUAAUUAAUUAGUGAUAAUUAAUUAAUUUUGUUUGAUAUAAAGGGAAAUAAACAUUACAAUAUUGAGAUAUAUGGAUGUAAAUAUGCGGGUCUUUCCAUCAUAUAUAACCUCAUAUAUAUUUUUUUAAAUAUUUUGUUUGUUAAAUACUCUGAAUAAAAAACAAGCCAGGUUGUGUAGGUGUUGAUCAGUUUACAUAGAAAGACAAGCACUAUUAUCUAGCCCUUGCUUCUGCAUUAUUUAUUAUUGUUUAGUUGCAUUUAUCAUGGUGAUUUUACAUUUCAUUUUAAGUUUUCCAUUCUUGAAUGUCUUAUCUUAUAUAAUACAGACGUUACCUCAAAAAAGAAAAUGAUUACGUCCUACGCGUCAUGCAUUUAGUCAUGCAUAUUAACCAAUGACUUAAAUUCAGCCAAGUCACUGGUUUUCCUGGCUAGCUCAGGAAACCCAUUCCAUGCUCUAAUAGCACUAGGGAAGAAGGAGUAUUUGUACAAAUUUGUCCUAGCAUAUGGGACGAGGAAUGUGCCUUUAUCUUUGUGUCUUUCAGAGUAUUUUAUUAAAUUUUGUUUUUGUAUUUGAAGAUUAUGGUUCAGUGUUUUAUCUAUGAUUGCUACUUUACUUUUGAGCCUUCUGUCCUGAAGGCUUUCUAAAUUUAGUGAUUUUACUAAAGGUGUUACUCUAGUCAAAUGUGAAUAUUCGUUUGUUAUGAAUCGCACUGCUCUAUUUUGUGUCUGUUCCAGUUUUUUAAUGUUUUCUUGAGUUGAGGGGUCCCAAACAGAGGAUGCAUAUUCUAUUAUUGGCCUAACCAAGGUUAAAUAACAUUUUAGUUUUAUGUUCUUAUUUGAUUUAUAGAAAUUUCUUAGAAUGUGGAUAGACUUCCAAAGAAAUAAAAGUUCAACCAAAAUCGUAUUGUCUCCCUUCAGUCUAUAAUAGCCUGUCUAACAGUUUGCGCGAGUGCUGUAACAUUUAAGAAACAAAAUAUUAAUAUUAUUUGUUGUUGUAAAAUAUACUUUUAUUAGUUUUGGGUAGUACUAGAUAAUUUAUUCCAUUUCAUGCUUUUUUUUGUGUGGUAUAUUGUUAUAAUU